CACGCCAUAAGAAGCACACAAUCAUUGUGAACAACUUCAUUCAUCCUUGCUGCAUAAUUCUGCAAGGCUUUUCGCUGGGUGUUUGUUUGUGUCAUCUCUGGAAAGGCAUUUUUCGUAAGCUAUGGAUCUUUAACAGCAAGCUAAUAUAUAGAUAUACGAUAACACAAAAAACAAAGAAAGUGAGACUAAAGUUAUGCUACCGAUGAGCUUACUGUAUGAAACGACGUGAACUGUUUCUGUGCUCGGCGUAAAAGUUAUUAGUGUGCAAUAAUCAAAAACACAGCUACUGGUAGACAGGCAAAUACAAUGAGGCAGAAACCUCAAUCGAAUUACGUUAUGUCUUUCAGACAUAUCUUCAUAAUAACAGCCUUGAGCUGUUGCAUAUUUGUAGAAGCCGGAGAAAGAUGGUCGAGACAACUUACAGAAUUUACUGGCGAAACUGCGCCUGGAAAUGAUUGGAUACCUCUGUCACGAUCGAAUGAGCGCCAACACGCUGCCCGCGUGUUGAACUACUUUACCGCACCAACCGGUCCACAGCAGCAACCAUUUCUUAGUUCGGACAACACUGCACAAGCGCAGCAACACCACUUCACCUUCUUGAAUCAUCAGUUUCCUCAAUCGAAUCGCUUCGUGCUGCAGCAACAACCGCAACUGCAAGAAUUGGGAGAUCGUCAACAGUUUCAUUUGUCCGGAUUCAAUCAGGCAACAGCUGACCCUAAAGGACAAGCAUUCUUUCAUCAAAGGGCACCUGCCUUUGUUGGUCAAAUGAUUCAGCAUCCACCUCCACCACCACCACCACCGCCCUCAUCCCCACAAGGGUCUUCUUCGAAUCCCUUUGAACAACAGUUUUUUUCCAAGGAUCCUUUAGCAGAAACACUACAUACCGAGGAAGAAAAAACAACGGUACAUGUCGAGCAACCAUUCUCGUACCAACACAUUCGCCAACAGGAUGAUCGUCAGGCACCCCAUCAAUCUGUGAACGUGCAUACUAAUUCGAACACUGGGGGUCCUAUUUCCCAGGAAGAAGUACAGUUGCUCUACGUACCAGUGGAGACCUUGUUCAAUCAAAAAUCUGGGACUCAUCCGUCUUCAACAUCUAUUGAAAGCAAUCGUUUCAACAGUCUUCCGCAGCCAGUGAGCCCUUCGUUGAUAAACGAAUUCUAUACAGCAGGCACAACAACAACCCCGGGACCUAACUCUGUCCGUACCGUUUCACCACAAUCCUUACGGAGCUCGCCCUACACCGUUGCCACAACACAAUCUUCUCAAACAUUACAACCGUCUUCUUCAACAACGAAGCCAAAACCGAACCAACCGCCAUUAGCAUUGUUUUUGUUUAAUGAUGGCGGACAUGGGAAGUUGUCUACAAACGAGGUGCUGGGAGGUUUAAAGAACAUUAACGAAAUUGCAGUACUGGAUGCAGUGAGCAAAAAUAGUCCGAAAGUAUUUAUUGGACCAUCUGGACUAACACCACCAAAAAGUUAUUCGCGAUUUGACCUGCCUUAUUUGUCCAGCGUAGAUCAAUCUACAAACCGAGCCAAUCGAAAGAUUGACGAACAUCCAUUCUUUGUAGCUCCAUUGAGUUACAAUACUCCGUCUGGAUACACCAAGAUUGCACUUCCUUCUCCACACGUUGGUUCAAUCAUAGUUCGCCAGAGCAUUAGCAGCAACUCUUUGGAACAAGAAACACAGUAUACGCGACCGACAUCGCAGAGCAAUGUUCAAUACUACACACCGUCUACGUUCAAUUUCCCAGACACUGUGACGAAACAGCCCACUAGACAAGUCUACGAUGCUGACCUGUAUACUACGCCGACGAGGAAAACUUCGCCCUCCCAGGCACAAUUCAAUUCAUUUAGUCAGAACCAGAACAUAUCUCCAACACUUGCGAGUCGCAAUUCGCCAGUCGACGAGGAAUAUUUCAAUUUGGCGAAAACUAAAAAACCAACGGUUACCCCACCCACUCAGAAAAGUAACUACCCCCUCAGACCUUACGCUACUGGUAGCACGCGACAAUUUGACUUCAAGCCUAUGCCAGACCAUAAAAUCCCCUCAUUUUAUGAUGCGUCUAGCAAUAGUCCUACAACAACCCCUAUAACAACGACUUCUACCUUUACUACCACUACGGAAAACCCGUCUACCAACCCUCACACGCAAUUCGAUGUGGAGCGUUUAAGAACACAUUUUCGCGAAGAAAAUUUCCGUAGCCGCCGUCCGCAUCAACAACAAACAUCUACUGAGCGCUAUGAUCAAACGGCGAUCAAUGUGGACUCCGUUAAAGAAACAGAUUUCGUGCACAAAUUCAAACUGGUUGAUUCCGUGCGGCCAACUCACACUAAAUCGGUAGUCGAUAAUGGGUACUUGGACUUUUUCCAAAGUCCCACCCGCUCCUCCCAAAAAGAAGAAGGUAUUAAGACAAUUGCCACAACCAUUUUACCUGGCAGAGCUCAAGAAGGACAAGCAAUACGAAAUAACUACUACACAGCUGCGGCUGCUAUCGGAGAGGAGCAAGUAUCGGCGCGACAAAAGUAUGUGAGCACCUACUUCAGCCCAGAGUUAUCGACAACGGCCGGAACGGCUCCUCCAACGACAGCUACUACCACUCUCACGACUCAAGAUGCUUUCUUCCGUGAAUUUGAGCAGAAAAGUAAAUUUUAUGAGCGUGAGCCAAAAUAUGAAAUGCCGCAUAGGUAUGAGACCGAAACAUUUAGCGAGUCUCAUCGCUAUUCUGCUGAUACAACCAAGCCGAUUGAAUCAACGACGCCCUCUGUAGAGCCGAUGAUUGAUACUACUGCCGAUCAACAGCAAUAUAGUAUUCCAUCCGAACUUCCACCGAUCAGUGCCAAUCUACCUGGCUUAGUAAAUGCUUUAAUGGACGAUCCUUGGGCUGUACAACCAAAGGAUAGCAGAACUAAAUCCCCGGAGGUAGCUAUUUCCCCUGUCGGAGCAAAUCGGGCCUCAAAUUUCCGCAAACAACUUCAUCGAACAACAGCACAACCAUCGUCGCAAGAUUUUUACGAUUCAGAACCACUUACAACAACCACAAAGAGACCACUACAACGUAGUCGUCGACCACAUCCCUCUCGAACCACAACCGCAACACCUGAAUAUACGGGAGCACAAACCAGUAGCUCUAGGCCGCCGAUUUCACGAUCACGGUCACGCUACGUACCGAAUAAUGAUGAACGACCAGUAGCAGUAAGGAGUCGUGGGCGUAGUCGAUUGAAUACUCCGAGGGAACCAUCUAAACAGGAGGAAAACCUUGAUUAUCAACGCGAUGUUUUAAAGCAAAAUUAUCCUGUCAUUCGACCUCAAUCAUCUAAUGGGCUCGAUAUUGCCACAACAGCUGCACCAACCACGACUGCACCAACCACACUCAGCUAUAAAGAAACUAAUGAGGCAGAGCUGGCCGAUCGUUUUAUUUCAACAACACUCACCAAUGAAGUGCCGCUUGGAAAUGAGCCAGUUACACGCAAAUACUCAAUACAGUUAAGUCAGCCUUAUGAAUCGGAAGUAAUGUUGACCACAGGACAACCGUUACAAACGACGGUCUUUUUCAGUCAAACAGAUGAGCAUUUAGGAGAUGAAGUUGUUCGCUCCCAUGAUGUGAUUCCUUCAGAUAGAAACAUAGAAACACAUUCACACUCCGUGAUUCCGCUGCGAUCCAAGCAGCCGACAUCUUCGACGGAGGCUACAGUUCGCCAAUCACUUGAUCAAUCGGUGACCGAAAUUGAGAAUAAAAUUACCGAAACUACCGAUCUUCCAAGGAACGAAAAUAUGGAGUUACAGAAAAUAGAAACUACCACUCGUUCUGGUCGUCGUCCCAGCCUAAUUUCUCGACAACGGCAAAAUGUACAGUCUACUCGCACAACAACCGAACGACCAACUACCGUACAUACGACAACCGCAGAAAUACCCAGAGCAGCUGAACGGCGACCGGCUUUCGUUCGUCGUCCUUCGAGAUUGUAUGCCACUACAACCGUACCUCCAACAACAACGCUAACAACCCCGACAGAACUCUACAAUGAACAAUCAACGCAAGGGUCAUAUUCCCUACGUACUAAAAACCGACAAGAUAUACUACGAGGACGAACACGCCGACCGACGACAUCGACAGCGGAGUUUCCAGUAGCGGCAACCACUGCCUCUCCGGAUCUUACAACACGUGGCUUUGGACGGGGGGGCAAUCAACGACGCGUUACAUCAUCAGUACGCACCCGGCAGGAGCCAAACGUUGCACCGACUACACAGCAAACGCCAUCCAGCAAUGGACCCCGGUUUCGAAUACGCGAACGAACUCGGUUUACGUUGCAGCCUCAAGAAUCGCAGUGGUCUGCAAGGUUGAAUCAAAACUCUUUCCAACCAAUACUCAAGUCAGAAGCUCGCAACAUCGAUUCAAAGGAUGAAAAUACAUUCCAAGAUCCAGAAACGGAGAUUGUCACCGCUGCUCAGGACAGCGACGUAUACUUAGUUAAUGUUUCUUCGAAAUACAAGCAAAAGGAUAGCGAAGAAGCAGAAUUUUCGGAGGACAGUACUGAAAAAAGGGUUUCUUCUUUUGCAGACCUCUUAAAUGAUGUAAUGAAGGAUUUCAUCCAAGAUAACAACGAUAAGGAAACAUUUUUGCCCAAGGGUCAAGCUCUCUUAGCAAAAAGUAACCAUAGGGAAUUAGGUGAAGAACCACGCAGACCUUCUAAUAAUCGCAACAAUUUUUUACGAAAACGUAAGCAACCGAAAGUCAUCGAUUCCUUCGAGACUGCCGAAUCACAGCAUAUAAAUCACGCCGCACAGGUUUUAAACAGUCCAGCGUACAUAAAAGAUUCUCUGAAAAAUAUUGAUCUCGUCGGUCUGACGGCAAAAAAUGAUAACCUUUUAUAUGGUAAUCAAAAAACGAAUGCGCAUCCUGAAGACGAAGAAAAUACUGCUCAUGAAGAAACUACCGCGAAUUCGAUGAAAGAUCGUUCUGAAGAAGUUAUGGAGGUAGAUUAUAAAAGCAAUGCCAGUUUAGCGGAUUCCGUUAAUUUUACUACUGCUUUGCCUACUGAAGAACUAUCCACAAUGAUAAAUGUGGAUCAAACAACGACAAGUUUAUCGAUUCUACAAGAUAGUGCAAUCGCUGAGGCUGUAACAACAAUUCCUACGUCAAAUAAGGACACCAACAUACAGCUAGACAACGUCUCCCAACAGGGGUCCGGAAUAUUCGAUGAUGUUAAAAAGAAAAUCUCGGAUUUGUAUGAAAUGGCCGAUAAUGAUUCCGAUACCGAGGAGGAAAUUGAUGGCGUACAAAUAGGAACAGUAGUGCAAGGCGCUGAAGUUGCAGAGGAUAUGUAUAUUGAAACGACGGAUGAAACUUUAUUACAGGAAGUAAAGGAUACUGACGAUGGUGAUAUUAACGAUGCUGAACCAGAUAUGGCUUCUAGUGAAACACAAUUCGAAUCGGUAGUUUCAGAUUUAGUUCCCGCGGAGACCCCGAAAGUAGACCCAAUGGGAUCGCUCGUGAUUCCUACUUCCAUCUCCAGUGGUAUCACGCAUGAUACCGAAAUCUGCUACCGUGGGCGAUGCAUAAAGACAGACAAGAAAGAUAAGACAGGAUAAAAAAACGCUAGAGCGGGAAGAAUUAGGGAAAGGGACUAUUAAGUAAGCUUGGUCGCAAUCGUCAAGCCACCAUUAACUUACAUUUUGAAUUCUCGAUGCGAGGAAGAGAAUUUGGUCGUAAGUCUGUAACAAAUGUAGAUUCUUAUUUAUUUUAGUGAUUAAUUAAAUAAAGUUCGCGUUGAAACCAUCGA